ACCGAGGCAGGAGGCAUUGUAGUGAGUUAUUGCGCUUCAGAGCAGUAGCACCGCUUCUAAGGAUGCGGUGACAGCAUCAGAGACAUAUAUAUAUGUGUGGAAAAAAAGAGAGAGGCUUGUGUGUCUAAUAGAGCUUUUGGGAUUUCCAGGAUCCGAUCUGAGCAUUUGCUGCGUCUCCUUUCGUUUGAUGAACGCACCCCUCAUUGUCAACCUGCUGGGGGCCUAAAAGUGAAGCAGCACCCGGCUUUAUGAAUGGGAUGCUCGAUUCCCAUGCUGACUGCAAUUGAGAAACAUCAAUAUCCAUCCCAAGAUCUCUAACAAGGAUUAUAUACAUGAUUUGGAAGCUCUUUUUUUUAGCCUGACUGUAUCUUUGACUACCUCUUUGUGCUAAACAAAACAACUAAUCAGCCACCAUGCCAAUCCUAAAACAACUAGUGUCUGGCUCCCAGACCAAGCGCCGCUCUCGCAUGGAUCUGACCAGGGAGAUGAUCAGUGCUCCACUGGGCGACUUCCGCCACACCAUGCAUGUAGGCCGCAGUGGCGAUGCAUUCGGGGACACAUCUUUCCUCAGCACCCGCUCUGGCGAACCUCCCCCAGAGACUGCAUCCUACCCCAGCUCACCCAGGCCUGGUCUCCUGUCCCGCACCUUCAGAAGCAGCAAACGCUCCCAGUCUGUGACCAGAGUGGACCAGCAGACCAGCCUCUUGGUCCCUACUGGGUCACCCACCUAUGUGAAGAAUGCCAUGUCUCUGCCCUUCCUCAAUGAUGAAGACAGAGGGGACAUCAUUGUGGCAAAGAGUUUGUCCCCAAGUCCAUUAAAGCAGCAAGGGGAGGUGGACGGGAGAGGUGCAGCUGCAGCUACUCACUUCCUGGAGCUGGAAGAGCAAAGCUUUGGCGAGCUGACUGAGCUUCCGGAGAACACCCACUACUACGGAGGUGGCAUGAAGCACGCCGAGUCAGUGAUGUCUUUUCAUGUCGACCUGGGGCCCUCAAUGCUGGGUGAAAUCCUCGGGGUGAUGGAGAAGGAGGAUGACGAUCUUGGCUACGAGGAAGGCAAGAGCAGCGAGGGGCGUGCCUCGCCACCUCUUAGCACCCACGGUGAGGAAGAGGAUAGUGUUGUGGAAAGAGAAAAAGAUGAAGAUGCAGAGGGACAGAUAGAGGCAGAGGAAGAAAAAGCAGAUCUUCAACAGCAGGCCUCUAUCCAUCCAGAUAGCUCUAUUGACUUGGAGCCUGAAAAUGGUGGACCCUACACCCCGGAGUACACUCCAGAGACACGGCCCAAACACUUGCAGCAUCUAGACAGCUGCUCCAUGUCCAGCUCUGGUUCUGCUGCCCUGGAUGAGAAACCAAGCAGCCAGACGUAUGCAGGAGAUACAGACAGCGCCACCUUCAGUGCCCCGCCAGAGGAGGAGAGCAAUUUCUCUUCUUUCUUGGAGGACGAAGACGAUGAAAUCCACGUAUGAGAUUCCAAAGGCUUCCUAAAAAAGAAAGCGAGGACAGAGAUCUGGAAGGGUUUUAUGUGAAAAUGCAAGUCCUUUGACGGUGUGGAUUUGCACUUGAACAUAAACAAGUCACUGAUGUCGGGUUCUGUGGGAAUGGGACUGUUUGAAGAAGACGGAGGAAUCCUGCUUUGUAGGUCUGCGAGGAGAGAGUGACUGCUCCUUUUAGGACGAACCCAAACUCCAUCUGUCAGAGAGCCUUUCCCUUCCCUUUCUGUUUGUCUGUCGUUCCCAUCUCUCCCUUCUGAACACUGAGGGAACCGACAUGGAAGAGCAGCCACUUUUUUUUUCUUAAAUGGAACAUUCCAGGAGUAAGGAGGAAGGACUGGUUAGAAAGAAACUUUUGUAGAAAAAACACUUUCCAUAACUAAAGUUCUGUUCACGCUUUCUCUCCCUCCUCUCACUUGACGUGUCACAUGUGCUUUUUUCAUUGGAUUCGCCCCUCUUGUUGUUGUGCUUUCUCUCUCUCUCUGGCUGUGACAUCAAGAGGCCCGAGCUGAAGAAGAGGCCUCUGUCACCACAGGAUCACUGGUGGGUAUCUUGUCAUAAUAAAGGAGCCUGUGUUUGGCACCAGAGUGUGAAGCCCUGCCUUGAGCCUCUUUUCAUCUGAAACCAUUAUAGUAAAGUGCCAUAGAUCUGUCAAGAGUUUCUCCCUUAUGUAACUCAGGGUCCUUGUGACGCUACUCAAAGGCUGCCAUUUCCUGCUGUGAGGCUGAACCACAAAGCCCCAAACCUAAAUUCUCUUCUGUUUUCAAUUCACUUUGAGCGCCACACAGGCUUCGAAUCGGUGUAUAUUUGAGUAAAGCAGGAUUGUAAAGCUAAUGGAGAUACAUUGGCUUGCUUUAACUAUAGAGAGGAGGGUGUUACUACAGGAAACCAGAGGUGUGAAGAAUGGUGUGUGUGGCACACUUAGAGAACUGUACACUGUGUUUGGUGUCUCUUUUCCAACAAUCACGUUAUUUUUCUCUCGCCCUGAAGUCAUAAAAAUGAUGAUUUUUACAGAUUUACUUCAGCUGAAUUUGCUCUCUUCCUUUUGACACAUUUCAAGUUGAAACUGAAAAGAGUUUGAUAACCACAUCCUUCCUUGUUUUCGUACAUCCGAGCAGCUGCAGUGGUGCAACUGAACCAUGUAAAAGAUCCUCAUUAGUUAAUGGGCUGCCUUAAUGUAUAAAAGAGUUUCCACUACUACUUGUAAGGAGGUCUUUUAAGGGUGUUGUUGGAAAAUCAGCACACCAACAGGCACAACUAGACACUACUAGUAUUUGGUGUUUAAUACCUGUUGUUUUAUCUUUGAAGAAAAAGUCUUUGCUAUGUUUCUGUUAUGUCUGUUUGAAGAGUAGGUGAAAAGGAAAGACACAGCCAACAAUAGAUGCAAGAGCAUUAUGAAAAGAAUGCUAUUUUUAUGCAAGCUGCAUAGUCAUUGCAGCUUCACUGUAUCUCUUGCAUCAUUAAAAAAAAAAAGCAAUGGCUAGAUGUAUUGAGGCUCAAUUGCGCUGAUUGAUUUCACUGCCUUAACUGAAACUGACACAUGUGCCAAAUCAUAAUUUUCCAGCCAAAAAUAAUUUCAGUUACAAAACUCACUUUUGGGAGAGCAUGUCAAGUCUGUCUCUCACUUCCUUCUCUGUGUGGGUAAUCACUGUUGAGUUUAAGUUCAAACUGAAUUUCAGCUCCUAGAUUAUAAAAUAAAUAAAUGCUAAGGUGUGAUAUGCAGGAAAAAAAAAGACCUGAAAAGAAUGAAUCUGUAUAACUGGAUAUUUAUAUUUCCAAUCACUCAAACACUACAUAAUAUAUUCAGGUACAUAGGAUUAAAAAAAAUGUGCCCGACUGGGAAGUUUUCUGUGUUGCCUUUUCUGUAUGAUGUUGUAUAUUAUGCCUUACUGUUCUCUCCUUUUACUGUAUAUUUACAGCCUCUUUUUUCUGUAUUAUCCAAAAUAACCUAUAUUUUUCAAUAAAAGAAAUCCUGAACUUC